UAAAUCUACCAUAAGGUCAAGGACCUUAACGUGCACAAUAACAAUGUUUACAAAAUCAAGCAAACAGAUUUUUCAGAGUUUAAACAAACUUACAAAGGUUUGUCUCUGCCAAUAUUCGACAAGGGAGUUUCGAGACCCAAGGUUCUUCACACUUUAUCAACAUGCAAAGUCAAGAAUGUUGGAUGACCAAAGAAAAAGUGGUGUCCUGUCACACAAGAUGGAGGUAAACAGAGUGCGACUACAUUUUGAGAUGACAGGCGAUGGUGCCCACAAUGUUGUGCUCAUGCCCGGAGCUUUAGGCUGUUCCAGAACAGAUUUCUCACACCAAUUGUCAAACUUCAAUAAGCAGGAUUUCACUUUGAUAGCCAUAGACCCUCGUGGAUAUGGUCAGAGUCGACCCCCAGACAGAGACUGGCCACUGGAGUUCCUGCAGAGAGAUGCUGAAGAUGCUAUGGAACUUGUCAGAAAAUUAGGUGUACAUAAGGUGUCAAUAUUAGGAUGGAGUGAUGGAGGAAUAUCGGCAAUGAUAGCAGCAGCUCGGUACCCGGACGUUGUUGACAAACUGGUUAUCUGGGGUGCUAAUGCCUACAUUACAGGCAGGGAUAUGGCAUUUUAUGAAUCAAUCAGGGACAUUUCAAAUUGGAGUGAGAAGAUGCGUGUACCAUUUCUAGCAAUGUAUGGCGAGAAAUACUUUCGUACACAGUGGAGUAACUGGGUAGAUGCUUAUCAGAACUACUUUAGUAAACGAAAUGGAGAUAUUUGUAUGGCGGAGGUGGAGAAGAUAAAGGCUAAGACGUUGAUUGUACAUGGAAUGAAGGAUCCACUUGUGCCUUUAGAACACCCAGACUUCCUCCAUCAUAAUAUCAAAGGCUCAACGUUGAAUAUCAUGCCAGAAGGAAAACAUAAUAUACACCAGAAAUAUCAUAGAGAAUUCAACUUCCUUGUGGAGCAUUUCUUGAGGCAGUGAAAGUACUGAUAUUAAACUGAAAUUGCAGGUUUGAAACUGAAAUGAUAGGCAUGAAACUUGAUUUAAUUUAUAGAAAUAUGAAAUGUAGGCAUAAAACUGAAAUUGUAGAUGCAAAACUGGAAGAGCUGAACCCAAAAUACAGUGUGCUGACAUAUUAAGAGUGAUAUUUCAGACAUAAACUGAACUGAAAUUAUAGGCAUAAAGUUUUGAGCAUAAAAAUGGAAUUUUAGACAUAAAUAUGAAAUUAUAGACAUAAGAAAGGAAUUGAAGAUGUAAGACAUAAAAAUGGAUUUGUUUAUAAAACUUUAAUUGAAGAAAUGGACAUGAAAGUGAAAUUAUAGACAUAAACUAUGACAUUUUGAGCAUAAAAUUGGAAUCUUAGACAUGAAUAUGAAAUUAUAGACAUAAGAAAGGAAUUGAAGAUGUAAGACAUAAAAAUGGAUUUGUAUAUAAAACUUAAAUUGAAGAUAUGGACAUGAAAGUG